UCCCUCUCAGUCUCUCAGUGGCUGACAAGAUGUUAUUGCCUUGGAUCUGCCUAUUCAUUGCCCUGGCAGCUGAAAGGAACUCUGCAUCUGCAAUAAAUAAUAUAGGAGAUACCUCACCCGCAUACACUGGGAAACCGUCAGCGCCACUGCGUAGGUUUUUUAAAAGAGAAUUAAAAUGUGAAGAUGGGGAAUAUCCUGGAAAUCAAUAUUGCUGUAAGAACUGUCCAGCUGGGACCUACGUAGAGAACGACUGCCAGGAGAAUCAUCAGAAACCCAACUGCCAGCCUUGCACUGAUGGAAAAGAUUACAUGGACAAACCCAAUGGAUAUCAUCAGUGCCUCCUCUGCAAACGCUGUGACCCGGAACAAGGAGAGGACGUUCAUUCUCCUUGCACAGUCUUCCGGAAUACAGUGUGUAAAUGCAAAGUCAAUUUUUUCUGCGGAACCAACUCCACCCAAGACCCCAGGAGCUGCGAUCACUGCCAGCCGUGCACUCAAUGUGAGAAAGGCGUUGCUGAGAGUUGCACGGAGACAAGAGACACAGUGUGCAACAAAGGGAGUCGGUACCGCUGGGGGUUGCUAGCAGCUCUGAUACUAGUGGCUGUGGGUGCAGGUUUGCUGUGUGUAAGAUGCAGACAAAAACCCAGGCCCAUAUACCAGCCUCCAACACUGACUCCCCUAGUCAAGCCUUAUCCUUCACACCUUGAAGAUAUUGAUUUAGAAACUCCUCUACAAGACCUGGCGGACAUUAUGCUGCAUGACGACGUGGUGAAGUGUGUCAGGAGAAUGGGCCUCUCCAACCCUACCAUAGAUGACAUUAAAAACACCAAUGGACAAGGCCGCGAAGGAAGGUACCAGUUGCUUAGAAGUUGGUAUGUGCAAUACGGGCAAAUGGGGGCACUUCGGCACCUCAUCGAAACUCUCCGAAACCAAGGCCUCAACAAACCCGCAGACGACUUCAUCGAUAUCUUAAAAAGAAGAGUGCAGCCCUAAGGAGAGACCACAAAAAAGGUGACGUUCGUGGACUAUUGACUGUGGGCAUCUUGAAUAUGAGUAUGGGUGCUCCAUUAUAGAGAGGAGGACAACAGUGGCUGCCACAGUGGGCACCAUGAUGUAUGUAUAUAAAUGGAAACUGCAAUGAUGCAUCCCAUGUUGUAUUCAUAGUGUAAAUAUGAGCAACAUUUCCACUAACCACGGCCCAUAGGACAAAGUGGACGGGAGAAGAAUGUUGACGUUUACUAGAGUAUAAGUAUAAUUUACAAAUGAAUUUGCCUGUAUAUAGUGGGUGAGGGGUUGAAGAACGGAUGUUGUUGGGGGUUUGCUUAUUGAGAACAGGACCAAAGGGAACCUCAACAUAUGCACUUUCUCAGCCAUGGGGCAAGGAGAGAACGUUCUCCACCUGAAGGGCUGGCGGGGAAGGAUACCAACUCCAGGAAACUUGCCUCUGUACAGGAGAAAGCAGGAGUGUUCUUGCACCAGCAAAUACCAGCUGACCCCCUAGAGAAGAGUAGGUAUGGAGACUGGAGGAUGGACAGGUUCCAUGGGGGCACAAUGACUUAUCCCUACUACCUAAAACCUGGUAUACAAGGAAAAGGUACAGUGAGGGGCAUGAAGGCUAUGGUAGGCCAUCCAGAACAAUUAGUAUAUCCCCAAAUACGAGAGCAGAAUUGCUUGAGAUGGUGGGAAGGUGCAUUUCCUGGGCACAUAAUUGUACUUCCUUCCUGUGAAAGUCACACAUUCCUUCCAUGCUUUAUGGCUUGUAUUCCCCCAAGACUGGUGCGUUGGUCCUUGAUCAUCUACAUGAUCCUACAGGGCUCAUUAGUUUAGUUUCAAACUUAGAAGAGGAAUAGAAUUACAAAGAGACCAACCUGUAGCCAAUAAGAGCACUGGAAUGUACAUUAAGGCAGACCAGCCUGUAGCCAAUAAGAGCACUGGAAUGUAUAUUAAGCCAGACCAACCUGUAGCCAAUAAGAGCACUGGAAUGUACAUUAAGCCAGACCAACCUGUAGCCAAUAAGAGCACUGGAAUGUACAUUAAGCUAGACCAACCUGUAGCCAAUAAGAGCACUGGAAUGUAUAUUAAGCCAGACCAACCUGUAGCCAAUAAGAGAACUGGAAUGUACAUUAAGCCAGACCAAUCUGUAGCCAAUAAGAGCACUGGAAUGUACAUUAAGCCAGACCAAUCUGUAGCCAAUAAGAGCACUGGAAUGUAUAUUAAGCCAGACCAACCUGUAGCCAAUAAGAGCACUGGAAUGUAUAUUAAGCCAGACCAACCUGUAGCCAAUAAGAGCACUGGAAUGUACAUUAAGCCAGACCUACCUGUAGCCAAUAAGAACAAUGACAUUUUGCUGGAGCUACCCCAACCCAUCGGCCGUUGCAUAGGAUUUCCCAUAGGAAUUCUCUAGUUUUGCUCAGGGACACAGGCCGUAUAAAGCCUGUUAGUAGCAGGGGAUCUAUUAUACAUAAUGCUCAGGGAGUGUACAGAUCUGGGAUAACUUGAACACCAAUCUCUAGAACAAAGUUUUUUAUUUAUGUGAAACAGAUGUGCCAUAAUGUAUUUGGUACCUACAGAAAUAAACUUAUUUUCCAAUACUGUUA